AUGCCUUUCACUCAAGCUCUCAAGUUCACCUCAAAAUCUGUCGGCCAAUAUAGUGAAAUCCUUGAGCAUCUAAAACAAGUAAAAAUCAAUCUACCUCUCCUACAUAUGAUUUCCCAGGUUCCUACUUAUGCUAAAGUCCUAAAAGACUUGUGUACUGUGAAGAGGAAACACCAUGUCAAGAAAACUACUUUCUUGACUAAACAUGUGAGUGCUGUCAUUGAGCAAAAGAUCCCACCAAAGUAUAAGGACACUAGUUGUCCUACUGUCUCUUGCAUCAUUGGAAACCAUGAGAUUUCACAAGCCCUUCUUGAUUUAGGGGCUAGUGUCAAUAUCAUGCCGUAUAAUAUUUACUUGUCAUUAGGGCUAGGAGAGAUGAAACCCACAUCAGUAAGUUUACAAUUGGCUGAUCGAUCCACUAUUAAGUCUAGGGGAGUAGUUGAGGAUGUGUUCGUACAAGUUGACAAAUUUUACUACUCUGUUGACUUCUUGAUUUUGGACCUAAAAGUUGAUGUAAAUGUUAACUCCAAAAUUUCCAUAAUUCUUGGUAGACCUUUUUUUGCCACGGCUAAUGCUCUUAUCAAUUGCAGGAAUGGUCUAAUGAAACUAUCAUUUGGGAACAUGACCCUGGACAUCAACAUCUUUCACAUCAUGAAGCAACCUGAGGAGGAUGACGAGUGUCAUCAAACAUUCAUGAUUGAUGCACUCGUUUAA